AAAGAAAGCCCCCCCUCCAUUCUCCCCAUCUUACCCCUCUGUCAGAACUUGAAGCUUCUUCCUUCGGCAGCCAUUAAUGGAUGUCUUCUUUGCCGUCUUUGUGCUCUGCAUCCUCAGCAGCGCUCUUUUGAAAUGGAAUGAGUUCAGGUUCAAGAAGAAAGGGCUCCCCCCUGGCACCAUGGGCUGGCCACUCUUUGGUGAAACCACUGAUUUCUUGAAACAAGGCCCCAUCUUUAUGAAGAACCAGAGAAGGAGAUAUGGGAGUUUCUUUAAGUCACACAUACUCGGGUGCCCGACGGUGGUUUCGAUGGAUCCAGAGGUGAACCGAUACAUCCUGGUGAACGAGGGGAAAGGGCUCGUGCCGGGCUACCCUCAGUCCAUGCUUGACAUUCUUGGGAAGUGCAACAUUGCAGCUGUUCAUGGCUCUGCUCACAAGCACAUGAGAGGGGCAUUAUUGUCCCUCAUCAGCACUUCCAUGAUCAAAUCCCACCUCUUGCCUAAAAUUGAUGACUUCAUGAGAUCCCAUGUUAGCUCUUGGGAUGGCAAAGUCAUUGACAUCCAAGAACAAACAAACAAGAUGGCAUUUCUAUCAUCAUUGAAGCAAAUUGCUGGGAUUGAAUCAACCUCCAUAGCAGCAGAGUUUAUGCCGGAAUUCUUUAAGCUUGUAUUGGGGACACUCUCGCUUCCCAUCAACCUCCCAAACACAAACUACCAGCACGGGUUGCAGGCAAGGAAGAACAUUGUGAGGGUGCUGAGGAAACUCAUAGAGCAGAGAAGAGAGUCUGGGGAAAAGCAAGAAGACAUGCUCGGGUUCUUGAUGAACGAAGAACAGAACCGGUACAUGCUCAGUGAUGAUGAGAUGAUCGACUUGAUCAUAACGCUUUUGUACUCCGGAUACGAGACUGUUUCUACUACCUCCAUGAUGGCUGUCAAGUAUUUAAGUGAUCACCCACAUGUUCUUGAUGAGCUAAGAAAAGAACACACUGCAAUUAGGGAGAAGAAAGGCCCGAGCGAUCCGAUCGAUUACAAUGACUUCAAAUCGAUGCGAUUCACACGCGCGGUGAUCUUUGAGACGUCGAGACUAGCCACAAUAGUGAAUGGAGUCUUGAGGAAAACAACUCAAGAUAUAGAACUUAAUGGUUAUGUGAUACCCAAAGGAUGGAGGAUAUAUGUGUACACAAGAGAGGUCAAUUAUGACCCUGAACUGUAUCCUGAUCCACAUACUUUCAAUCCAUGGAGAUGGCUGGACAAGAGCACAGACAACCAAAAUCACUUCUUGAUCUUUGGAGGAGGGACUAGGCAGUGUCCUGGAAAGGAGCUUGGCAUUGCUGAAAUCUCAACAUUUCUUCACUAUUUUGUAACCAGAUACAGAUGGGAAGAAGUGGGAGGAGAUAAGCUGAUGAAGUUUCCAAGAGUUGAAGCACCCAAUGGACUGCACAUCAGGGUUUCAGCCUGCAAAUAAUAUAUAUUCAAUAUAUAUAUAUAUAUAUA